UCAGCUCACCUGACGGCUCGUCAUCCCGCCUCUCGUCUUCAUCAUCUCCUCCAGUAUCGUCCACCUCUUCAAUCCUCCCUUUCAUCUCUCAGAGCUCCCCAGUCGCCAUUAGUGAACAGUUCAUGAUCAGUCACGGCCGAAGGACCAAGCUUUUUCACCUCCUCCAAUGGCGGCAGCUUCACUCGGGUCCCUCGACUUCCGAUUUCAAGGACACCCACCAGAUCAAGCUCCUCAACCGGUCCUGCAAGGCCCGGAAGUACAGCGAGUACCUCUACUUCCUCGAGCGCCUGGUGAGCAAGCUGAACUACAAGCCCGAGGUCGUCCUCUGCACGAAGCUCAUCAAGGGCUUCUUCGGGUUGGGGAAACUCGAGAAGACCCUCCGGGUCAUGGAGAUCCUGGAGAAGUACGCAACUGCCCAGGCUGCAGUCAUUAGAACUCGGGAAGAAGUUAAACAUCGAGUUUUGCUUGAUAAGUUAUGCCCUCAAGGUCAUUUUUCUGUUAUUUGCUGGAAGAGUAGCCAUAUGAAUUUGACUUGUUGGGAUGGCUAUAGCAUACUGAAGAUUGUGAAAUUCUGAGCUACCUAUCGAGUCCGACAUUCACAGAAAGACGGACUUGGGUGCCCAAUUGGAUAUUAGAAGCUUGGAGCAGCAGAUUCUUUCGAGAACUUCAAGAACUUCACUUGGCAAGAGGUUUUAGAAUUAGCAGUUUGUCGAAGCAAUUAAUGUAUUUUGCUGUACCAUGUUUGAACCCAUUCGAUCUAGGCUUUAAUCUGAGAUUACAUAACAAGAAGGAAACAACUUUUUGUUCU